AUGCCUCAAGAAUGGGAUGCGAUCGUCAUCGGCUCGGGGAUCGGUGGGAUGUCGGCAGCUGCGCUGCUGGCAAAGGUCGGUGGAAUGAGGGUGUUGGUGCUCGAGAAACAUUCUGAACGCGGAGGUUUGACGCACAUCUUCCGCCGUGACGGGGCGAGUUGGGAUGUUGGGGUCCACUAUAUUGGCGGCAUGGAGCCUGGUUCAACGAUCCGCGGGCUCUUUGACUUCAUGUCAGGCAAAGCUCUUGACUGGAACCCUAUGCCCGAUGAUUUCGAACGGUUCGUGUACCCAGGGUUGGACUUUUCCGUACCUUCGGACAAGCAUCGAUACGAGGAGCGACUGGUCGAACGCUUCCCCGAGGAAGCCUCUGCGAUUCGGCAGUACUUUGUCGACGUCAACACAGCGGCCGAUUGGCAUACGCAGGGAACUAUCCAAUCUAUAUUACCCUGGCCGUUCAACUUUCUGUUGGGGCAGUGGCGGCGUUGGCUUACUUCGCAGAAGGCACUGCAGACAACGGGUGACUAUCUCAAUCAGCACUUCAAGUCAACAGAGCUCAAGGCUUUGCUUGCCAGCCAAUGGGCUGACUACGGCGUUCCCCCGGGUGAGAGUGCCUUCGCCUUGCACGCGUUGGUCGCCAGGAGCUAUUUUCGAGGAGCUUGGUUCCCGAAGGGUGGAGCGAGCCGUAUCGCCCGAACAUUUGAGGUGGGAAUUGAAGCCGCUGGUGGCGCCGUCAAAGUAUGCCAGAACGUCACGGCGAUACUCACCCGAGACACGCACGUCGUGGGUGUCAAAGCCAUUGAUGGCCAGGGACCCGAACCAACCGAAGUCAUCUAUCUGGCACCCAUUGUGGUUUCGGAUGUCGGUGCGGGAGUGACUUAUAAUCACCUCCUGCCCACCGACGGCGUGAUUGGCAAAAAAACGGCAGAAACCCGCAAGCACUUGGACCAGCUCGAGGGCGGACUCUCUGCCGUGACUCUCUAUCUUCGACUCACUGAUCCUGUCUCAGCCCUGGGCAUUAAGGGGGAGAACUACUGGAUCAAUGCGACGUUCAAUCACGACAACGUUGAUGCCCAAACAGAGGCAAUCCUCGCAGGUCAGGCUCAGCAUGCAUUCAUGUCAUUUCCGUCAGCCAAGUCUGGGGACGACCGUUUUCACACCGCCGAGAUCCUGGCCCUGGUCAAAGCGGACGCCUUUUCUGCCUGGCGUGGGACAAGCCGCGGGGCCAGGGGAAAGGAGUAUAUGGAGCUCAAGAAUCGGAUCUCACAGGGUCUCUUGAACUUGGGAGAUAGUGCUGCUCCGGGGCUUAAAGAAAUGGUGAGCUACUCCGAAUUGUCAACGCCGCUGUCGGUGGAGGACUACACCUCCCACUCUACUGGCGCCAUCUACGGGUUUAAAGGGACCCCACAGAUCUACGCCUCAUCAGUCCUAUCUCGAGCAUCGCCCAUCGCAGGCCUGCAGAUCAGUGGAACCGAUGCAUCGAGCCUUGGCGUGGCCGGGGCGCUGAUGGGUGGUGUGGUGGCUGCCAGCCGAGUGUUGGGGCCUUUCGGCUUUGUGCGCAUCAUGCGGGCGUCCCGUCGCGUCGCUCCCGCGAUUGACCUGCCAUUGACGGCGGAGACACACUCGCCGGAGAAGAAGCGCGCCGUCCUUGUGAGCAAAGCAGCCCUGACGCCAUUCAUCUGGCGACUUGACUUCGAACUCGACGAACCCAUCUUCUCGGCACCUGGGCAGUACGCCCAACUGCAGGUUGCACCCUUUGAGUGGCGGAGCUAUUCGAUCGCACAGGCCGAGAAGAAACGUUUGACACUGCUUAUCAGCACACGCACUGGCGGUGACGGCUCAAUCUUCACCAGCCAUGUCGAGCCCGGCAAGGAAACAGAAGUGGAACUGCCAUUCGGCGCUUUUCAGCUGCGACGUAAUGCCCACCGUCGGGUUUUCGUGGCCACUGGCACUGGCAUCGCACCAUUACUGCCCAUGUUUGUAUCGUUGGCGGCUUCCGGUGACCUGGAAUCGGCCGAGCUGCUUUUCGGCUGCUAUCACCAGGAAGAUGACAUUACGCGCCACUUCAAGCCUCUGCCACGAACCACAGUCUGCGUUGACGGCGAUCCAUCUGCAGAGGGCGUGUUCCAUGGGCGGGUAACGGAUAUCCUGGCCAACCUCCAAUUCGAGCCCGCCACGACCGACUUCUACCUGUGUGGUGUUCCAGCCAUGAUGGACGCCUGUCGCACGAUUCUGGCCCACGCCGGCGCGAUGCAGGUGCUGACGGAGCCGUUUUGA